CUUGCGGAAUCACACACACAAAUCCUCUGUUCUUCUUCCUCACUGUCAUGGAAGGGUUUCAACAAUCUGUAUUUUUUUUUCCUUUUGCAAAAUCUACCUCUCAUCCGUUCAGAUUCUAUUUCCGUUUUGAUUUUGCAGAGAGAAAAAGGAAAAAAAAAAGAGAGAGAAGAAGAAAGCUCAGGCAACGCUCUGUCCACCCCCAAACAUGGUUGGCCCUUCGCAUUUCUAGGACCUCAUCACUACCCACUCCAACUCUCUCUCUCUCUCCCCUUUCCAUUUCACAAUCGGCUUCAAUAUUCUCGAUUCUGUUUUCCUUUUUUCCCUUUUUGUUUCCUGCAUUUUCUUCUUCCCCUCCCUCGUUUCGUCAACAAUGGCGAAACUAAUUCUUGUCUGUUGAUCUUUAUUGUAUUCUCCUCAUGGAAAGUUUUUGACCCAGAAAAUUUUUUUCUGGGUUUUUCUGAUCAGAGAAAGGGAUUUCUGAUCUGGGUUUUGUUUGUGUUUAUCUUUAGAGCCGGUGGAUAUUCUUUCUUGUUUCUUGCGCGGAAGGGUUUGGUUUCCUCCUCAUUUGUUUGUCAUUUGAAUUUCUUGAGAAACUAUUCUUUCUCCCAAUUUGGAUUUAUGUUUGGUUCAAUCUGCGAUUGGUUGGAAAUUAUGGAAAUGGAUUGAGGAUCGAUCAUUGAGUGUUGAAGAAAUAGGAGGUUUGAUGAAACGGGUGUGAGCGUUUUGAUAUAGAAGGGAAACUUUGGGGUUUCCCAGGAAAAUGCAGGUUAAUCAAUGGUAGAGAACUUUGUUGAAUAUACGUGAGGGAAAUCAGAGUGGACGAAUUUGAGGGACUAUGGGCUGCAUUUGCUCAAGAAGUUCCUCAGAACCAGAGGAUAGCAAUCAGAAAAAGUCUGAAAAAGAUUUGAACAAAUCUUCAGUUCAGUUGGUUGCUCCUUCUCCAUCAAAAGGGGAGGAUUUGCUAUUGGAGAUUCAGUUGUCAAGGCAGGCAUCUAAAGUAAAGGGGGGUUCUGUUCAUAAAACAAAGGCCAAUGGAGGGUCUCACCACCAUAGAGCAAAGGAUGAUGAAGCUGAGAAUAAAUCAGUAAAAGCUGGAAAAGCAAAUAAUGAUAAUGCUUCAACAGGUGGGAAACAGCCUGAGGUUUUUAGGUUGGCUAGCUUGUCUAAAGCGGCUGAGACUGAACUUGUAAUGGCUGGAUGGCCUUCGUGGUUGGCUUCGGUUGCCGGAGAAGCCAUCAAGGGGUGGGUGCCUCGUCGGGCUGACUCCUUUGAGAAGUUAGACAAAAUCGGACAGGGAACUUAUAGCAGUGUGUAUAAAGCCCGUGACCUUGAAACCGGUAAAACUGUGGCAUUGAAAAAAGUGAGAUUUGUAAAUAUGGAUCCAGAAAGUGUUCGUUUUAUGGCUAGGGAAAUAUAUAUUUUGCGUAAACUUGAUCAUCCAAACGUUAUGAAGCUCGAGUGUCUAGUCACUUCGAGAGUGUCAGGCAGCUUGUACCUUGUUUUUGAAUACAUGGAGCAUGACCUUGCAGGUCUCGCAGCAGCUCCUGGACAUAAGUUUACUGAGGCUCAGAUUAAAUGUUUUGUGCAACAAUUGCUGCAUGGACUCGAACACUGUCAUAGUCGGGGAGUUCUGCACCGGGAUAUCAAAGGUUCAAAUCUUCUCGUUGAUAGUAAUGGUGUGCUCAAGAUUGGAGACUUUGGUCUUGCUACCUUUUUUAAGCCUGAACAAAAGCAGCCAUUGACGAGUCGGGUAGUGACGUUGUGGUACAGGGCACCCGAGCUUUUGCUCGGUGCUACUGAUUAUGGACCUGCCAUUGAUCUCUGGAGCUGUGGCUGUAUCGUCGCUGAACUAUUUGCUGGAAAACCUAUUAUGCCAGGAAGAACAGAGGUGGAACAAAUGCACAAGAUUUUCAAGCUCUGUGGUUCACCAUCUGAGGAGUUCUGGCGGAGAACAAAAUUGCCACAUGCAACCAGCUUCAAACCUCAUCACCCUUAUAAAAGCUGCCUUUCUGAGACGUUUAAAAAUUUCCCUUCUUCAGCUUUGGCUCUUGUAAAUAAACUACUUGCCAUAGAACCAGAGCACAGAGGAUCAGCUACUUCAGCUCUCAGCAGUGAGUUUUUCAUAACGGAACCUCUCCCUUGUGACCCUUCAAGCUUACCAAAAUAUCCUCCGAGCAAGGAAUACGAUGCAAAGCUUCGGAACGAAGAAGAGAGAAAGAGAAAAGCAGAAGCUGUGAAGGGACGUCACCCCGAAUCAGUAAGAAGGGGCUCAAGAGAAACUAAGGCAGUUCCGACUCCAGAAUUCAAUGGUCAAGGGGACGUUACGAUAAAUGCACACCCUAAAGCGCUAAAGGCAAAUAUUAAAUACAACCCUCAAGAGGACAGCGAACCUCCGAGGGUUGCGCAGAAUCGGUACACCCACUCGACAUCAAUGGUGCACCCGAGCGUGGCAGCUUCAUGGAGUAAGCCUGUUGGGGCAACAAAGAAUGGUGCAGACUUAAGGACACAGAAAUCUAAAGUGCGUCAGGCAGUGGGAGAAUUAUCAUCCUCUUCCCUCAAGAAGGAAGACUUGGUGUCUAUUAAAGAUUCUGGAAUGGGUUAUGUUCCAAAGAAGAACAGAAUCCAUUACUCAGGACCAUUGGUGCCUCUAGGGGGAACCAUUGAAGACAUGCUGAAAGAGCACGAAAGACAGAUCCAGCAGGCUUGUCGGAAAGCGCGGAUCGACAAAGCUAAGACAAACAAGAGUUACGGCGAUAACCUUUAAAACGACGAAUCUGGUAAUUUUUGGGAUCGAAAACUAACUGCUCUGCGAUCAAAGGGGUAGUAGAAGAGGGGUUCUUCUGCUCUCUAGCUGAAUGCUGCAACUUUUAUCUGCAAAGAAGAACCAUCAAAGGCUUGACCAUUAUUGAUAAUUAGUACUGUAUAUAAGCAACAAUAAGGAUUGAAAAGUAAAUCUACCCCAGGGAUUUUUACAGUGUUUUUUAAAAUUUUUCCUUUUUUGAUUAUUUUGCCCAAAAGUAGAACAGAACAGCUCAAAAUUGUUGAUAAGAUCACAGGGAUAGAGGGAAUUAUGUGUAGUUGUUGCCUAAAUACUUAGGAUGGAGAGAAUUGGGUUGUUGUAUAGAGGGAGGGGAAGGGCUUCAUAAGAUGACAUCCAUCAUUCAAUUCAUACAUUAUUUUACACAUCCUCUCUACUUAUUGUUUA